AUGACUGAGAACCAGAAUCCUCCUUUCAUUCGGUCAAGGCAUGAAUACAAAGGAGUUAUGUAUCCAAAUUUUGUCCUCGACUCUAGCAUCGAACGCCUGAGGACCUUCCAGGUUCGACCAGAUGAUGUUUGGCUCUUAUCAUUUCCCAAAGCAGGAACACACUGGAUGAUGGAGAUUGUUGGUCUCAUUCUUAGCGACGGUGACCCAAGCCGCAUCGACAGAUCACUUUACUCGUCAACGGUGGAGAUGAUCAACAUGGAUCAACCGUUUCCUGCCACAAGAGAAGCGGAGAUUGCACACCCGGUGGACAUGAGUCCAUUCCUGGACGUUGUCGAGAAAGCGCCCUCACCUCGGGUGAUGAUAGAUCAUCUAACCCUGGAUCUUCUUCCAGAAGAUAUCCUCAAGUCAAAGAUCGUCUAUACCGCACGCAAUCCAAAGGAUUCCAUUUUAUCUUGGUAUGAGUUUGUCAAAGACGACCCAGUAUAUUCGCUCACCAUGGAUAAAGCCAUACAGGAAUUUAUGAAUUACACAAUGAACUGGGGUUGUUGGCCGAACCACGUUCGUCAGUUCUGGCAGCUACGAGACCACGAAAAUGUGACAUUCAUCUUCUAUGAAGAUCUCAUAAGGGACCCUGCUAAGAACAUCCGGAAGAUUGCUUCUGGUAUAGGUCAUCCUCUCUCAGAUGAGAUCCUCCAACGAGUUGUCAAGCUCAGUCACAUAGAUUCACAGAGACAACGAUUUCAAGAGAUGGCCGAGAGUGGGCAAGAGAAUCUCGUGGGAAAUGCUGGCCAGUAUACAUUCCUCAACAAAGGAAUAGUCGGUCGAUGGAAGGAGCACUUUACUGUAGCACAGAACGAAGCCUUCGAUAAAUGGUAUCAACAUAAAAUGGUUGACACUGAUCUUUCAUUUACGUUUGAAUAGUUAAAGGACAAGUCCACUCCAACAAAAAGUUGAUUUGA